CCAGCUGAGUCUGAAUGAGUCCAAAUCCACUCAGAGGCAGAGGAAUGACCACUUGAAGAAAAUGCUGAGCUGGAACUUGCGUCUCAAGAUGGAGGACUUUAACAAACAGAGGUCGUCAUUAAGGCGGUUUCUCCUCCCAUCCGAACAGUCUGGCAGCACCUUGUCUCAGACUGAGUUUUUGCUCUUCAUAUUGACGCUUCUGGGUUUGAAAUUGUGAGGAUGUAAUGGCUGACAGCCAGACGAACGCAGACACCGGCAGCCUUUGUCACUGCCCAUAACCGCUGGCGAAACUUGUUUCUGACCUCAUCUGGGUGUGACUUUAUCAGGUGAGCAGCCUGAAAGGUAACACUACACACCCUUGAUGAGAAAUCUCUGCUGUCAUUUGUGAUCUUUUGGGGCCAUAUAAUAUGACAGCAGCAAUUAAGUCUUUCAGCACUGGUAUUUCUGGUUUCUGAAUUGAGUCAUUGUUUAGUAUGUGUGUCUUUUUUGUCCACAAUGGCCCUUGUCAUGUUAAAGUUAUUCAGAUCUAUUCAUGACCAGGAAACAAGUGCGAUUUUGCUCUCGAUUUGAGCAAAAAUAUCUUGUCUUUGUAUUAUAAUGAACUGAAUAUUCGUCAAAAUGUAUUUUAAAUUGAUGUUUUUAUUUAUGUUUUACACAGCACACCCAACUUUUUUGGAUUUGGGGUUGAGCAUUUGUGUCACAUUUGUCCUUCAGUUGUCAAAACUACCAGAUAUUUUUUUUCACAGGAAGCCACAAUGACGGCAGUGGACCUUUUGAACACACGGGAGGAUCUGACAGAAGAUGAUGUAAGACUUUGAAGUAGUAUCUGCAGCAGUGAGACAUCCUGGAAGGCUUCCAAGCCAUCAAAGUGUACAAGCUGAAGGAAGCAAAGAGGCUCAGGUGGAGAACACCUUUGAACUUCAUGAAGCUCUGAAGAUGACCGAGAAGAUUUCCAAGAAGACCAACAGGAAUGAUCUGGUGCAGCGUCCAUCAGACACCAGCUCAUGACCACAAGGUCAGUCACACUCUUUAAAUUUGUAUUUUCAGGCAUAAAGAGUGAGAUGACAUUAACAACAAAAUGCAUCUCUGUCCAGAAGCUCAUUAUAUUCACCAAAGAAAAACAAUUGGAGGCCCGAUCUCAUAAUUAUGAGAAAAGGUUCAGGUUAUCAAUCAUCAAAGGCAUGAUGAUGCUCCCUGUUUUCUUUUAUUUCCCCCUUUGUUUGAGAAACUUAUAUUAAUGGGAGUAAUGUGAAUGGUAUUUAAUGCCAUUGGUUAUUCAUCAAUAAAUUGUCUUGUGACAUAGUGCGGUCAUGCAUAUGAGGUUUUUGGUGUUGAUGGGCCUGAAAUAAAGCAGUAGUAUCCUGACCAAUCAGGACUAUGUAAGCUAGCAGAAGGAUUUAACGGGGAUCCAGUGCAGAGACGCUAAAAAAGAAAUACAAUCUUUCAAUAGUUGGCGUUAGUACACGUGGCGCAACAUUCUAAAUCAAGCCUAUUGGAGCAGUCUGGUAAUAAAGAACUGCAAUUGUCCAGCCUAGAAUUAAUAAAUGCGUGGACUAGUUUAUCCACAUAUUUUUGAGACAGCAUCCCAGUCUUUAAGAUGUCUUUCAACAAACCAUCAAACAGGCUCAAAAAAUCAUCUCAGAUACAACCCCAUGAUCUUCACUCCGAAUAUCAGCUCCUCCCCACAGGCAGAUGGUACAGACUCCCCCUAAGUAGGCACAACCAGUUCAAAAAUUGCUUUGUCCCACUGUCCAUUAAAGCCCUCAGGGCCGCCUCUAUGUAUAGUUGUAUUUCUUUCUUGCUGUUUAGCAAAGUAUUGUGUAACACGUGCAUUAUUUCACGAUGGGCAUGUGUGGUUGAAGCAUGAAUGUAUUUGCUGUUUUUAAUUGUUGUAUUUUUACUGAGUGUGUAUUGUUGUUUUUGUUGUUUUUUUAUAAUGUAGACAUUAAAGUCCAAGGCAAAUUUCCCACUGGGACAAUAAAGUCUAUGUAAUCUAAUCUAAUUUUACUGAUGCUCCUAAGACAAGAGGCAUCCUCACAAAUAUUUUUUUCUCUUUAUGUCACCCAGAUGUGAUCAUUCCAGUACUGGAGCCAUGACACAUCUCAUACUACCAACAAACGCUUCAAUCACACUUCCAGUACAAAGUUUUGAGUGUGCACAGGAGGGGUGGACACCAAAGGAUGAGCAGGCCCUGGAUGAUACCUAAACAGAGCUGUGUCAUAGCUGGGGUCGACGCACACAUCAACACACAGCAUGAGGUCAUGCAGAUUGAGACAAAGGGGUAGCCAGCAGAUACAGGGAAACCAAUUAAUUUCUGUGACAUAUUUGACCGUCCUUCUGGAAGAUUUAAACUCAUAACAACAGUGCUGACCAAUGGAAUUGCAAGAACUAGAGAAACAUUUCAUGCAUGCAAGUUUGUGUUGGACUGGGCUAAAGUAAGAGCUGGACCUGGAGCUGCACUGAGUGACAACGAAUUGCAGGAUUCAGGGGUGAUGAUGCGUUCUUCUGAGCUGGCGAGUCCACACUGUCAACUUGAAACUAUUAGGGAAAAAAGAAUUCUUUCUUCAGCUGCAGUAAUUCUCGUCAUGAAGACAUCUCCUCCUUUCCCGGGCUUGAUUAGAGCUGCAAGCUUGCUGCUGUAUUUGAGCCAGAGCAUUCUGGCCAUGGUCCUCACCAACUCCACACAACUCGAGGCCAUCCUGGACCAGUACAGAGACAAGGAUGAGGAGUGGUGGAGGGCCAGGUCGAGAGGUAAGAGGGCCAUCAGCGAGGGAGACAUGCACCUUAUCCUGGACUUGCACAACAAGCUGCGGGGUCAGGUCUACCCUCCUGCUUCCAACAUGGAGUACAUGGUAUGGGAUUACGAGUUAGAGAGGAGCGCCGAGCACUGGGCAUAUACCUGCCGAUGGGAACACGGACCGAGCCACAUGUUGACGCAAAUAGGCCAAAACCUUGGAGCGCACUGGGGAAGGGACCGGCCCCCUACCUACCAUGUCCAGGCCUGGUAUGAUGAGGUGAGGUACUACAGCUAUCCCUAUGCCCAGGAGUGUAACCCACACUGCCCAUUCAGAUGUUCAGGACCUGUUUGUACUCAUUACACUCAGUUGGUGUGGGCAACUAGCAAUCGCAUUGGCUGUGCCAUCAAUGUGUGUUACAACAUGAACGUGUGGGGAAUGAUCUGGGCUAAAGCUGUCUAUCUGGUCUGCAACUACUCCCCACCGGGCAACUGGUGGGGUCAUGCUCCGUACAAAUAUGGAACUCCCUGUUCUGCCUGUCCAGCUAGCUACGGUGGAGGCUGCAGGGACAAUCUCUGCUACAAAGAUGGGGGUGUUGACAGGCGUCCAGCUCCUGAGAUUGAGGAGACCAACUACAUUGAACCUGAACCGGAACCAGUGAGGGACAGGGAGCUCCAACCCAGGGCCCAGACACCAAACCCCUCAGCAAAUGACAACCUAGAGAGAAACCAGGUUGUCAGCACAGAGCAGAUGUGUCAACAGGUGGACUGUGAGACGAAGCUGAGAGAUCAGUGCAAAGGGACGACUUGUAACAGAUAUGAGUGUCCACCUGGCUGCCUUGUUAGGCCUGGAAAAGUAGUUGGGACUGGAUAUUAUGACAUGCAAUCCAGUUUGUGUGGAGCUGGGUUGCACUCCGGUGUUAUUGAUAAUGAUGGAGGAUGGCUGGAUGUGACCAGACUGGGCAGAAAACAACAAUUCACCAAGUCAUACAAGAAUGGUAUUCAAUCAAUUGGGAAAAACAGAAGUGCAAAUUCCUUCAAAGUGGAGACGGUGCCAGUCAAGGCAAUAACGUGUGAUACAACUGUUGCACUUUUCUGCCCUUUCAAGAAACCUGUGCGACACUGUCCAAGGUUGUACUGUCCCAGAAACUGUCUGCGUGACAGUCGAGCCCGAGUCAUUGGGACAAAAUACUACUCAGAUAAAUCCAGUAUCUGCCGAGCAGCCAUUCAUGCUGGAGUAAUCCAGACUGAGUCAGGGGGGUACCUCGAUGUAAUGCCUGUGGACAGAAGGAGGCAGUACAGUGGUAGUAACCAGAAUGGCAUCACCUCAGAGAGCCUAGUGAACCCAACAGGUGGAAAAGCCUUCAGAGUGUUCGCAGUCAUCUGAAAAACCACUCUCAAAGGACAGAGUACCAUCAAACAUGGCCACUUCACAUCCAUUGAACCCACUCAUUAUCAUCUUACAACCUGCAAUUACAUUCACUCCUCAGUAAAUAAUUCAGCUUUUCAGCUCCUGACACUAUAAGUGUAACAUGGCUCUACUCAAGGCUUCCUCUCUAAAUUUGGUCAUUAGUAAACCAGUGUCUAAUGAAAGCUUAGCAAAGCAUGUUUGGUGGAUGAUGAUCCUGGAUGUCUUUUGACUUACGUAUUUCCUAAAUUUUCUAAAGCUGACCAUAAUAAUCACAUAGGGCUGCCACAAUAUCAUGACGUGUUUUUUGACACUAAAAGUUGAAUAUACACUGACGGAUUUAGCACCGCUCUAUAUGCCUCCCACAGUUUCAGAAUGUGAAGGUUAAAAUAUAAAGUGAGAGGUUUUACCAAAGUAAAUUUAGAUGUAGUACGCCUCAGCUCUGUAGACAUCCACCAGGUAAAUAACGGGUCAGUCAGAUGCAGAGUCAUAAAAUCUGUUCAGACAUUUUGUGGGAAUAAGAUUAGACUACUAUUUAGUCAGACCAUCUCUGCUGAAUUUAACUCCCUGGGCAUUAGCUGUCCAUCCCAAAAUACUCUCUUGUGUAUUUCUGUGGAAGCCCAAACCAGACAAAUGACUAAUCCUUUGAGACCUGGAUCAUCAUCACUUUUCUUGUGCUGCUUUCAGGCGCC